AUUGGCUUCCAACCGUAUUUGAAAACUGCCUACCGUUUGACUCUGUCUUUCUUCCUUGCAAUCAAUCUUAAAUUGUUUUUCAAUUCAAUCAAAUUAAUGUAAUUUUUUCUUAUUUUCAUCAUUUUCUUCUACUCCCAAUUACUAAAUUAUUGCUCUAUUUUCAUCAUCCUUUCGGCAAAUUUGGUUGUUAAUCGAUAUCAAUAAUUGAGUAGCUUUUGUGGUUGACUUACCACCAAAUUCCAAUAAUCACUUUCUUCAACAUUCCCCAACUUUUUUUUUCUCCAGAUCCGUAAUUAUCCCAAUUUGAUCCGAUAUUUUUGGCAUUUCCGCAAUUUCUAGGUCAAAUUCUUUAAUCAUUCGACCUCAAAUUUCUCGCAAAACAAAUCUAAUCAUUCUCUUUUCUCGAUCUCAGAACAAUUGUGAGAAAAUUGUUCAAUUUGAUCAAUUGCUGUGAGAAAUUAAUAGAGGGAUGAGUAAUAACAAAGAAGGAGUUAAAUUAGAAGACGAUCAAAUUGCAGAAUUAAGGGAAAUAUUCAGAACAUUUGAUCGAAACAACGAUGGGAAAUUAACUCAAUUAGAGUUAGGAUCAUUAUUACGAUCGUUAGGGUUAAAGCCUAGCGAAGAUCAGCUAGAAACCCUUAUUCAAGCAGCAGAUAAGAAUAAUAAUGGAAUGAUUGAAUUCUCAGAGUUUAUUUCUCUUGUUUCCCCUGAUCUUAUCCCAGCAAAAUGUCCUUACAGCGAAGAACAACUUAAGCAAUUGUUUAAGAUGUUUGAUAGAGAUGGUAAUGGUGUGAUCACUGCGGCCGAACUCGCCCAUUCGAUGGCCAAACUUGGCCAUGCUUUGACUGCUGAGGAACUUACUGGUAUGAUUAAGGAAGCUGAUACAGAUGGUGAUGGUUGUAUUAGUUUUCAGGAAUUCGCUCAAGCUAUUACCUCUGCCGCCUUUGAUAAUUGUUGGACUUGAAUCAAGGUGGUUGUGUUGGUUUGGAGAAACAAACAUGAUGUUGGACUCUUGCUAUCAGUACACACACAGAUAUUCUAAGGAACAGGAGAACAUAUGGUAACACUAGUUGAAGUUAAGUGUUAGGAUCAUCCUCGCUUCAUCUCGAUGGAUGUUUAAGGUUGAGAUUCUGACAGAUGAGUGCACCUGCUCCCCUUGUCAGUGAAGCCAUCAGUGAAGAUAGGCAUUUGGAAAUGUCCAUGUCUACAGCUGUGUAAAUUGCCCGCAAUAGUCAGCGAUUGAAUUGCAUGAAAACCAAAUCUUAUCAACAUAUUUUAAUGAGCAUAGCCUAUUUGUAUAACCUUUUCUUUUAACCUUUGCUGCCUAUUAAGAAAUCCUCUAAUGUUGAAUGUUAGAGUAACU